AUGGCUGAUGUCAGCAAAGAGACCGAUGGCCCUGCGCCAGACUCGUCGGCCGGCUUCGACUUCACCCUGUUGCCCGACUUCGACAACGACUUCAUCAACGAAGACCAUUUUGCCGAGUUCGACAAGGCCCUGCACACACCUGAUCUGAACUCGCCUUCCGCAGAGGACCUCAGCGCCCCGCAAAAGCCCGAGUCGCGAACCUUCAUCACAGCCCUGAGUGACUGGCGACCCAUCCACCAACGUGUGCGGCGGCGGAAGAAGAGCAAGGCUGCUCCGCGCCGAGGGCGCGAUGAGACACGAGAGGGGUUUGUCUAUGUCCUGCUCAAGUGGCCCCUCCUCCUCGUCGUGCUGGGAUGGCUGCUGUUUCUGAGCAUCGCCUAUGUCCUCACGCGCUUCUAUGUGUACAUGUACGAACAUUGGAUCACAUGGAGGGGCACGAGGCAAAAACUUCGGACAAAAUUGCAAGACGCACAAUCAUACGAGGAGUGGGUGCGAGAGGCCAAGGAGCUGGAUUCACAUCUGGGGAACGACUCAUGGAAGGAGAAGGCAGAGUACAGCUACUACGACAGCAAGACCGUGAAGAAGGUCUAUGCACAAUUGGCCAGCCUGCGGCAAAAGGCCGAGGCAGACGAAGCGGGCGACGGGCGUGCAACCGACAAACCAUCCGAGCCCAGGGCCGUCGAAGAUUUGAGGGCCCUCGUCGAGGCCUGUAUAAAGAACAACUUUGCCGGGUUCGAGAAUCCAAGACUGUACAGCGAGACAUACUACGGAACAAAAAAUCUUGUCCAGAGUUUUGUCGAUGAAGCCGAGGCUUCGCUUUCCUUUCUUCUGAGGACCACGCAGCUGGACGUAGAAACCAAACGUGCCAUGUUUAAGCACUUGGGUAACAACUUCGGUCGCACCGCGCUAUGUUUAUCAGGAGGCGCGACAUUUGCAUACUACCACUUCGGUGUUGCAAAAGCUCUCCUGGACGCUGGACUACUUCCUGAAGUCAUCACAGGAACAUCGGGAGGUGCACUCGUAGCCGCACUCUUGUGCACACGGACAGACGAGGAACUCAAGAAGCUUCUUGUUCCUGCACUUGCUCAUCGCAUCACAGCCUGUCAUGACAGUUUUGCAACCUGGAUCAAGAGAUGGCUCAGGACGGGGGCGCGUUUUGAUGCGCUUGAUUGGGCUAGAAGACUCGCCUUCUUCACGUACGGGAGUCUGACUUUCAAGGAGGCCUAUGAGCGAACAGGCCGAAUACUCAAUGUCUCCUGCGUUCCAGCCGACCCCCACUCGCCCACAAUUCUCGCCAACUACAUCACAGCGCCCGACUGCGUCAUUUGGAGCUCGGUGCUAGCAUCGGCAGCAGUACCUGGAAUCCUAAACCCGGUUGUUCUCAUGAAGAAGAACAAAGACGGUACAUUAUCCCCCUACUCAUUUGGCCACAAAUGGAAGGACGGAAGUUUGCGUACCGACAUUCCCCUCAAGGCGCUCAAUCUGCACUUCAACGUCCGCUUUUCCAUCGUGAGCCAGGUCAACCCUCAUAUCAACAUUUUCUUCUUCUCCUCUCGCGGCUCCGUCGGCCGCCCCGUUACCCACCGCCGCGGCCGUGGUUGGCGCGGCGGCUUCCUGGGCUCUGCUCUUGAACAAUAUAUCAAGCUUGACCUGCAAAAAUGGCUCAAGGUGCUCCGCCAUCUGGAGUUACUACCUCGUCCCUUGGGCCAGGACUGGAGUGAACUUUGGCUCCAACGCUUUAGCGGCACCAUUACCAUCUGGCCAAAGUCAAUACCCUCGGAUUUCAUAUUCAUCUUAUCUGACCCCACGCCUCAACGCCUCGCACGCAUGAUCCAUGUGGGCCAACAAUCUGUGUUUCCAAAACUGAAAUUCAUUGCCAAUCGUGCAAAGUUGGAAAAUAUUAUUCAUCAGGGUCGUCGCCAAUAUCGAACUCGAGGUGUGCGUGACGGAGACGUGAUUAAUGAGCUGUCCGAAGACGAUCUACAGAAUCUACUGAAGCGCACCAAAAGUGGUGACGGUAGUGCUGCAUAUCCACUCUCUGGUUCAGACUCGUCGUCUUCGGCGGCAUUCUCACCUACUGGUAUGCCCGUAAAAUUACCCAUGGGGUUUAAUUUUGCUCGUAAGAAGAAGAGGAAGGGUGCUUCGAAUAUGGAAGCCAACCAUGAAGAUGCGGCUGAAACACCACCGGACAGCCCCUCGUUGUCCAAACGACUCAGUGGAUGGUGGUCACAAGCCAUGUCACCGCAAGCAACGGCACCUAAUACCGCGCUGAACUCGGCCCUUACCUCUCCGCGGACGCGGUCACGUACCCGUGGUAUAGCGUCUGGAUUCGAUCGUCCGAGUUCCAUGUUCGAACUUCGCCCACCAAAGGAAUUGAAUGAUCUACUUCCCAGUGGUAGGAAGCCAAGCACAGCCGUCAUGGACGACGAUGACGAGUCUGAAGAUUCAGAUCCAGAUGAUGCCAGACCAUCGAGCUCCUCACGACGAUUUCGACAGCAGAGAGACGGGAUGCUUGGUGAUGCAGAACAACAAGGAGAGUAUGGUGAAGUAGGAGAUUUUGGCGACGACGAGCAGGAUGUUGAAGAGGGAGAAGAACUUGCUGCGGGACUGGGCAUCCAAGGGUCAUAG